AUGAACAGCUUCGAGCGGGGGCCAACCGUCGAGACGUUCCUCCAGCAGCUCUUCCGCGAUCGCACUGUCACCAACUUCACGAUCUAUGUGAAGGAAGGCGCGGGCCCCCAGUCGCUUCCCUCGACCGUGGAAGACGUUUUCUGCGCGAUCGAAGACGAAGAUCGCGAGCUCGCCAAGCUGCUUGGCAGCACCGAGCAUCUCGACUUCCUGCUGGCCCCCUCGGGAACGCGGCCGGUCUGCGACAGGAACUCCCCCGGCUGCGUCCUGUACGCGAACAACAUCCUCACGGUCGCCAACAGCUUCCGGAACUACGGAGAGCUUUUGCGCGCUGACCUCAUCAAGCAGGGCUUCGUCGUCCAUGAGGUAUAUCUGGACGACGAAGCCCCCUCUGUUCAGGUGCGCAGAGUUGGCAACGACGAUGACAAGGACCUCGCCGACGAUGUUUGGCGGGCCAGGUAUGUGGUCGAUGACGAGGCGUACCGCAAACUCCUUGAGAAGGAUGAAAUUGACACCCUGGACGAGGUGGAGGUGCGGCAGAGACACAUCUACGAGUGCAUCCGCAAUGUGCACAAGGUCGAUCCCCGUCGAGUCGACCACAAUUACGAGGUGGUGCACUGCGGAAAGGAGCUCGUCCCGUUCCAGAACUACAUCAGGUUCCAAACGACCCCUUUCUCCGACAUCAUGGACGACUUCACGAGAGCCCUGAGGGAAGGGGACAUGGAGGGCGUCACGAAGGAGUACGUCGCUGCCAGGGGCGACAUGUCGCGUCGGAUUCCCUUUGCGGUGAUGCUUUCAGCAGAAUUGUUGGGCUGCCAGCCGGGGGAGGUGGAAAGGUGCAAAGAGGACGGGUUUGCGGUCGAGGAGGAUGCAUUGCAAGCGAUUCACGACACGAUGCUCGGGCCAACGCCUGAACGGCUCAGCUUCGUUCGCGACUUUUACGGGAUGGACCAGACGGCUGAGAGUCUGACGGCGACGAUGAAGCGCAACGCCAUCAAGAAGGUUCUCCACGUAGGCCUCGGGCUCAACCACGUCGCUCCGAAGAAGUCGAACGGGAAGUUUGUAGCUGGCCGGCCUCACCUCUUCAAGCCGUUGCUAUGGCAGGAAGUGCGAGAGAAGUACGGUCGGCUUGAUGAGUACGAGGCGACACUACCGGUAGAGGGUUGUGUUAUACGGCCGUAG